AUGGCCGAAGGGAAGGGAGCAACGCGGUGGGCUCUGUGGGCAGCAUGCGUGAGCGUGGCUGGAGUGUUGCUCUCGCUCUACAUGGUGGCCGACAAGUACCGCUCUUCGGGUAGAUCUUCGUGCGAUCUGUCCGAGCGCAUCUCGUGCUCGGUCAUCAACAACAGUGAGUUCGCCUCGCUCUUUGGCGUGCCCGUCGCUGUGCUUGGCAUCGUGUGGUUCCUCGUCAUCGGCUUCCUCUCCUACCGAUUACACAAUCAUCCGAAUGGCAGCGCAUCCACUCUGUCCAGCGCAAGCGGCACCAUCUACACCAACAAGGGCAUGAGCGAGGCUGCUGCACUGGCGAUGGCGAUGCUGGCCUGGUGUGUGGCGGGAGCAGGCUUCAUCGUCUACUUGCUCGUGGCCGAGAUCAUCCUGGGCGCCAUCUGCCCCAUGUGCACCGCCGUCCACGUCCUGGUGGCCUUCCUCUUCUACGCAUCUCUGCGGCUCUACGCGCGGCACGCCAUCCCUCCUCAUUCGCGAGACGCAUCUUCGCCACUGUCCACAUUCUUCGCAUCCGCCACGUCCCUGCCCACCCUCACGUCGGCUGCACGCGCGCUCCAGCCCCUCUUGCCUGCGCUCGCGGCCCUCGCCGCGUUGCCCCUCGUCAUCUUCAUCCUCGCCACCAUCUCUUUGCCCGCGCUCGAUCCCUCCCACGCCGCCCUCCGCACCUGCGUCCUCACCAACCGCCAGCAGCUCGUCUUCUACGGCACCGACACGUGUGCGGCGUGCAGGCGACAGAAGGAGGUGCUCGGGCCGGAUCUGCUGCAGCUGGUGCGCUACGUGGACUGCGUGCGCACGCCGUCGUCGUGUGCGGGCAAGGAGCUGAAGGGCUACCCGACCUGGGCGGUCGAGGACUGGAGCGGCCAGGAGCGCGCCCGCCACUACGGCCUCCGCACCCUGUCCCAACUCCUCAGCCUCGCCGCGUGCGAUGUCGCUUCCUCGUGA